AUGCCUUGCGUUGAGAACAGCUCCGCUUCAUUGGCCGUCGUCCAAAAGGACCUCGCUUUUUGGAGGGCACAUGAAGCCAGUUUCGAUUUCGAUGCAUGGUGUGUUCUCAUUCCGUUGGGAUACUUUUUCCUGAUUAUUACACUGUAUUCACAACGGAACAUGCCAAAAUUUCGAUUGACUCGAGACCACUUUGUGCGAAUCAAGAUUUUGACUGCGGCUUUCUACAUGACAUGGUACCUCUCGAUUCCAUGCUUUUUGACAUUCCAGAAAUAUCGGGGAGUCUUCUUCGCUAUCCACAUUGUCUCUUUUGCCGGAUUGGGAACUGUGGUCCGAAUGGGAAUUCAACCAAAGCAGUACACACUCGCCGUGGACUAUACCGAAUCACUAGGCACCGCUCGUACCAUGUUCGUCAUGGGUUGUUUUAUUUUCAUUGAGACUGUGAACGCUGUCAAUUCUCCAAGAUUCCGAUAUUUCGAGUGCCCAGAGUCUUGGCUUGUGGUAGUGGAAGAUAUAAGCUUCAAAUUAAUGGUCUUCUCCCAUUCUAUUGCCUAUUUUGUGGUUAAGAGCAUGUGGUGUGCUCUUCGUGCCGAAAAACUUUCGAUUUGCAAGAAUGAGAAAGUUGUCGGAAAACUGGUGAAGAGAGAAAACGCAUGGAUCGAGCUGUACGACACACCACACUAG